UUAGAGCCAAGUUUGUCAUCUUUUUGUCCGUAUCGUAGAGGGCAAGAUCUCGGACUCUCUGUUGUUCUCGCCGCCGCCGCCACCACCUUCGUGGCUAAGAAAGGGCGAGGAAGAAAGAAAAAGAAAGCGAGAGAAACCCCAGUAACUGUGCGUGAAGAGAGGGAAGGGAAGGGAGGGAGGGAGAGAUGUUCCUUGUGGAGUGGCUGUACGGGAUCCUGGCGAUGCUGGGGCUGGCGACCAAGGAGGCGAAGAUCCUCUUCUUGGGCCUCGACAACGCCGGCAAGACAACCCUUCUCCACAUGCUCAAAGAUGAGAGGUUGGGGCAGCACCAGCCGACGCAGUUCCCGACGGCGGAGGAACUGAUGAUCGGGAAGAUCAGGUUCACGGCGUUCGAUUUGGGGGGCCAUCGGAUGGCCCGCAGAGUCUGGAGGGAUUAUUACGCUAAGGUUGAUGCGGUUGUAUACAUAGUGGAUGCAGCAGACAAGGAGCGAUUCCUCGAAUCCAAAAUUGAACUGGAUGCAUUGCUAGCAGAUGAAACUCUGGCCAACGUUCCGUUUCUUGUCCUCGGAAACAAGAUCGACAUUCCUUAUGCUGCUUCCGAGGAUGAGCUACGUUACUCUCUAGGCCUGGCAAACUGCACUACCGGCAAAGGGAGAGUAGAUUAUUCCAAUACCAACAUCCGACCCAUAGAGCUCUUUAUGUGCAGCAUUGUCCGUAAGAUGGGUUAUGGCGAUGGUUUCAGGUGGCUCUCACAAUACAUCAAAUAAAGGUUUUGUAGCUUGCAAAGAUGAUAUAAUGUCAUAUCUAUCUCAUAGUUGUAGUUUUGUACAGCUAGCAGGUAUGUGAAAUUGAUUCUGCAGUUCAAUGUACUAUAAAAUGUGUUUUUUCUUCUUUUUUUUUUUUUGAGGAAACUAUAAAAUGUAUUUUCCAUGUAUGUAAUAGCCAGAAAUAUAGUGUUCGUGGGUGCAUAGUGAUGGUAAUUAGCAGUUUGUUGUA